AUGAACCUUCCAGUUGGUAAAAAGAAAGAGAAAAACUAAAUUGUUGGUGCUGUCUGGAUGGAUGCUGGUGUUGUAAACUGCCAUUUAUGCAGUUGAACCUGGCAUUAAUGCAGUCCAUGAAGUAUCACAACAGUUUACAGUGUCCUGAGGUGUUAGCCAGGUAGUGAUGUCUGCUCGGUCUCUAUGGAUGUUUUUUACGCCUGUGGGCAGGAGAGGUUUGUGUACUUGUGCUCCAAUUAGUUGGGGGACGUCACAACAUAUUCCUUGUGUUCGGCGCGGGACUACGCCGUACCCAGUAGGAUUGCCUAAGUACACCCGCCCCCUCUACGUACGCAAUUACAGCCCAUUUGGGACUACUGCACUUCAGACGUAUGGAUCGGUACUACAACCUCUGUUCUGCAAGGAUAACAUAAGCCACAGACCUUCAACUGUGUUAAAGUUGUCAGAAGAACCAUGGAGGGCAUGUCUGCAGAUGCGUUUCAGAUCAACUAUUGCCACCAAAUCGGUGCUGAAACAGGGAGGCCUGCCUGCUAAACGGACCGUCAAAGGUGCAAGAACGAAACAGCCUUCCAGAGUAAAUCAACCAUUGCCAGAAGAAGACCCGGAUGUAAUGCAGUGCAUUGCUUUUGCAACAGCGGACCAGUACCAUUUGCCCACUCUCUGCCACGACUUAAUAGCCAAUGGUUUCUAUGAAAUUACAGAUCUGCCAAGAGAUGCCUCCAAUGUGCUGGUGAUUGGAACGGACAACAUAUUGAAAGCUAAUGACCAUGCGAUGAUGUUCUUCUUCAGGGAAGGAUCUGUGGUUUUCUGGAAUGUUGAGGAGAAAACGAUGAAAGCUGUGAUGCGGAUCUUGGAACAGCAUGAAAUUCAGCCAUAUGAGGUGGCUUUGGUUCACUGGGAAAAUGAAGAGAUCAACUACUCUAUUGGGGAGGGAAACUCCAAGCUUCAUCGUGGGAGUUUUCACCUCAACGGUGAGAUGGACUAUGAGCAGUUGGUUCUGGAAAAGUUUGCCUUCUCCAAUGCCCUGUCUCUAUCUGUUAAGUUGGCCAUAUGGGAAGUCUGUUUGGACAAUUUUGUGGAGUCAAUCCAGUCGAUCCCUGAGAUGCUGAAAUCAGGCCAGAGGGUCAAACUGUCGAGGUCUGAGGUCCUGCAGAAGACUGGAGAACUUUUUGCUUUAAGGCACUGUAUAAACCUAAGUUCUGACCUGCUGAUCACCCCAGACUUCUACUGGGACAGAGAAAACCUUGAGCAGCUGUAUGACAAAACCUGCCAGUUCCUCAGCAUCAACCGUAGGGUCAAGGUUGUGAAUGAGAAGCUGCAGCACUGCACGGAGCUUACUGACCUGAUGAGGAACCACUUGAGUGAGAAACACAGUCUGAGACUGGAGUGGAUGAUUGUCAUCCUCAUUACCAUUGAGGUGAUGUUUGAACUUGCCAGAGUGAUCUUCUGAAGAACACUUUGUGGCCUGGGCACAAGACUUUGUCAUUUGCACAACCUUGUUUUUUUUGCU